AGCAGGAGAGAGACGCGUGGGCGCCAUAGCUGAAGUGCACCACCUUUGAAGAAGAAGUCCGCCAUAGCUGCGCCUUAAUGUAUGUGCCCAGGGAAGAACAGGAGGAGGCCAUGAAAGAGUGGGAUGCUGAAGAAGACCCACUCAAGCGGCAGGUUUUGAAAGAUGAGAAAAGGAUGGAGUGGAAGUUUUGUCUGACAAGGGAUAGGAAAAGAAGGAUGGAGGCGGCGAGUCAGGCGGCGAGGGAAUUGGAGGAGAUAAAGAAGCAGAGAGAUCAAAUGGCGACGCAGGUGGAUUUACUAGGGAAGGUGGAAAUUAUGGCGAGGAACAUAGAGCGCCAAGCACUAGUCCAGGAAGAACAAUUUCUAUUUGGUAGAAGUCAAGACAUCGCCGUGCGUUCUAUACGAUUGGGUCUCAGAGAUUUCGCGCGGGAACUGGCGACACAUGUGGGCUACGAAGUGAAGGCCCGCCUAGAUAGCACAAAGCGCUAUUGCACGGGUGCCAUAGAGGGCGCCAGACUAACCGCUCCCAAAGAGGAGGAAGCACGUCCCCGUAGGGAGCCUGUCAAAGUCAAAUUCCCCGAUUCCUACAGUGGGAAGAAGGAGGAAAACUUUGACAAUUGGGAGGCCAAUGUUAAGACCUACGUGCAUCUGCAAAAGGUCUCCCCAGAUGAGCAUGUUCUAAUAGCUAUACACGCCCUGAAGGAAGAAGCCGCCAGUUUCGCCCGUUCCCUGGUCCGCGCUGCUAAUUGCAAUGACGAUCUAGUCGCUUAUUCUGCGUUUACCCCCCUUGUUGAUUUCCUUAAACUAUUGCGCGAACGAUUUGCAGGCGUUUUGCGCAGCGUCAAAGCCUCCAAUAGGCUGCAAACCAUCCACUCUCGUCAGUGGAAGAGUGCCAAGGCACUCAAAGGCGUUAUGGACGAGUUAGUUGCAGUCCCUGACCACAAGGUCACAGAGACCCAAUUGGUCAACCUCUUCUACGGAGCUAUGCCCAAGUCGUUGCGCGGGCACUUCUUCGAGAAGAGCCAGCAGCCCACCAUGACCUAUGACGCAUUGAGCAGGGAAGUGGUGGCGUUUGAAGCAAGGUCCAUGCCAGUCUCCACUUUUUGGCAUAAGGACCUGGACAAGGGGAAAAAGUGGAAGGGUCGCACUAUCUCCGGACAGAGCAAGCGUAGCGAACGUGGGGGCUGGUCGGGCGGCGCAGCGCAGAGCGGCAACUGGCCGAUUGACGAGGAGCGAAGCACUAGGAGGCGAGUGAAUCGGGACAGAGCUCGGGGCCAGCUAGGAUCGGUCCGCGCAGCCAUCUUCCCGCUCGUUUGUAGUUCCCCAACCAUGUGCGGCUCGUUCCCGCACGAAGUUCGUUGGUUAAACGAUCAGAUUCCCCUUGCCCCGUUUCAGACCUUGAUCAUAGCUCGGGUUUCAAUUGCAAUCCAUAUGAUUGCGAUGAUCUGGAUGUUAUGCGAAGAUCCUGACGAUCAAGAUGAUCCGCGCGCUGCUGUACGGCCUUUUGCCGCCAAUUUGAUGAUGAUGACGGUGAUGACCCCGAUUGGCUUUCGCGUGUCUGUCCGCACUAUUUUCCGCCGAAUGAUGAUAAAGAUGACGAAGAAACUGAUUGCGCGCGACUGUACGAGCAUUUACCUGCAGAUGUCGAUGACGAUGAUGAUGAAACCGAACGGCUCCUUGCGCGCGUGCGAGCUACCUCCAAACAACGGGAAUGGCUAUGACGUUGAUGAGCUUGAUGAUGACGCAGCUACGAGUGAUUCGCCAUCCCGAACUGCGCACGUACAGGGGCUGUCUCCUGACGGCCAUGAUAACGAUGAUGAUGAUGACGAUGGCGGUGAUCCCAAUGCUCAGGCGGCUGCAAGCGAUCAUCCCCUUCGACCUGCGCGCGCACGUGCGCUAUCUCCCGACACGGGUGAAGAUGACAACGUCGAUCUUUCGAUCACGUGGCUACUCGAAUUGAAACCCAGUCUGAAGAUAAUCAUCGCAUCAUUUUUGUCGAUUAUUGGUGCUGCUUUGGCGAAUGUAGGUGGUGUUGGAGGAGGGGGUCUCUUUGUACCCAUGUUUAAUCUGUUGCUUGGGUUUGAUGCAAAGACAGCUGUUCCACUAUCAAAGGCGAUGAUUCUUGGGGGAUCGAUUGUGAGCUUUCUUUAUAACAAGCGAGUGCGCCAUCCGCUCCACAAGGACAGGUCUGUUAUAGAUUACGAUGUGGCUGUGCUGCUUCAGCCCAUGCUUCUGUUGGGGAUUAGCAUUGGGGUGUUAUGCAACAUCAUUUUUCCAUCUUGGCUGGUCGUUCUGCUGCUCACUAUCUUGCUGACAUAUGUUUCCCUCCGUACUUUGCGUAAAGCAAGAGUGUCAGAUGUCGAGGCUGGUGUUGAGAAGGGAAUCAUGGACACAAGAUCAGGAAAAGGCAUUCAUUUUUCUGCAGUCGCCACUCAUGAGGCAAAUAUGCCAGAAGAGAAUGCAAAUGCACACGAUCGCCUUCUUCCUAGUUCCGCAUUAGAGCUGGAGGUGGAGGAUGUAUUCACUGUAUUGCCAUUGCCAAGAAUAAAGUUCCCUUGGAAGAAUAUUGGGAUACUUGCUGCUGUGUGGAUCAUGUUUCUGACCAUUCAGGUCCUAAAGAUACCAUUUGCACUGGGGCUCACACUGCUGGCUGUGAGAAUGCUUUCUGGUCAGCAACAGCCACUAGAGCCGGUGAAGCAGAUGGAGGCUGAAGGUAUAAACCAACCUACCAGGGAGGCGCAUGCAGUGUUGGGACGGAGGGAGUUUUGGAUGUUCCCACUCUUUGCGUGUCUGGCCGGGAUUGUGGGGGGUCUUCUGGGAGUCGGUGGGGGAAUGGUUAUUUCUCCGAUGCUGCUUGAGCUGGGGUAUGAACCAAAGGUGACGACAUCAACCAGCAUGUUUAUGGUGCUUUUCGCUUCCUCCAUGUCUGUUGCAGAGUAUGCCCUUCUCGGUCGGAUCCCCCUCGAUUUUGGUACCUCGAAGACGAAGCUGGAGCAACGGCGCUGCGGGUAAGUACCUCUGGCCUCCGCCCAAUCUCUCUCUCUCUUGCUAGUGCUAUCCUAGCUAUGGCGCCCAGCGCUG